GAGACCCCUCACGACUCGAAACAUCUCUUCGCAUGCCCGGAAAACUCCACAACCCUAAAAGCAUCGUCUCUAUGGACCGACCCCAUAGGGGCUGCACGCUUCUUGGGGCUGUCGUUAGUGGAACUCGACGACAACGACUGAGUUAUCAGCCGAUCUGGGCGGGGUUGUUGUAGCCCAUACAACAACAACAACAAAACCGCAAAUUUUUGAACGCAAAUUCAUUCAAUAAAUCAUGUCGUGUUAAAUUAUACUCUUCGUUUCGCGUGAUCUUAUAUAUUUGGUUUAUGGGUUCAAUGUACCAUAUAUUAAAAAAACAUCGAUGUAUCGAUACACCUAGUGGAAAAUGCUCGAUGCUUCGAAGGAGAACAUCGAUAUUCUCGAUGCAUCGAUAUUUUGGCUACAUUUCUAAUUUGCGGUCUAUGGUAAAAUUCACCCAAAAGUUAAUUAUUGGUUAACAACUAAGAAGAAUAACUUUGUGCUCUUAAAAUACUAAUUUAGUUACCUAUAUAAAGCAUUAUACUAAAAAUAUCAUGAUAGAAAGUAACUGAGGAAAACGAAAUUAUAUUAUUCGAUUAGCGUGAUCAAAAAAGUGUCCAAGAUAUGGAAACUAGCACCCUAUUAGGAGGCACUGUGCCUAACGGCGACCGAAUAUGUCGAGUUUGUUUGCAAGAAAAUGUUGAAUUGUUCUCAAUUUUUAAAGAAACUUAUAGUAGUGGCGUCACUAUAGCGCAUAUUUUAUCGGAAUGUAUCCGGUACCCCAUAAUAGCAGGCGAUCUAAAACUUCCGCAUCAUAUUUGCUCCUGUUGUCUGGAUAAAGCCCGUGCUGCCUACGAUUUUAAACAGCGUGUGGAAAAGGCGUAUGUUUCAUUACUGGAUCAGGUGGCAGAAAAUAUUAAGUGCAAUACAAAACAGGGGAUAUCAUCCUCUCGACUUAGGGAUUAUGGUACACAAACUGAUAGACUCAGCUUACAUCCUUGUGAAAUGUGUGAAAUGAAGUUUUUCGACUUGUUGGAACUUCGCCAACACCGUAAGCAGUUUCAUCACAAUAGCAAUUUGCAAUGUCGAAUUUGUGGAAUACGCUUUGAACGCAUCAGACAGUUGCGAAGCCAUCUGGUACACAAACACCCAAGUGUUGGUAUUGCAUUGGAUAUACAGUGUUCAAUAUGCCGGAGACGCUUUUCACGUAGAGAGCACUUAAAUCGUCAUUUGCGUAACGUACAUCACCAACCUGAGGCCGUGAGUAUUAGAGUCUCUCUCAAGGAGCCAGAAAUCGAACUAUCUAGUCAUAAAACUAAGGCACAUCAACCAGCUAAACCAAAAGAUGUGGAGGUGAAGAUUUUGGAAAAAGAAAAACAGGAGGUGGAAAGUAACUUUCAAUUAGAAAAAAACACUGGUGCCGCCGAAAACGAAGACUUUCUGGUUUCUUCCCAUUUUCUUGAAUGUGGGCAGCAUGUGCAUGGCGAGAUUGAAAGUGAUGUAAAUAUGAUUACUAACCCAAUUUCGAGUGAUGAGGAAGCCAACGACGGUAUGGAAUUACCUGAUGAUAUCUUACCUCAAUUAAAAUUAGAGCAUGAACCCGAUAUAAAAGUUAAAUGUGAAUUGGAUGAUUCUACGAAUGGCUUCGACAUGGCAAUGAUAUCACCCGAUUGGGAAAGAAGUAAUUCGCCGGUUAAUAAAAGUGCAAUCAAACAAGAAAAAAGUUUGUUCAUACCCUUGGGUGUGGAAAAUUUAUCUACACCGAAGAGAAACUCAAGCUCAAAUGAAGAGUACAACGACUAUACCGAGCGCCGGCGUAUAACCGAAGUUGUUGACGAGUUCCUUGCAAUUGAUGAAACAGCUAAUUCAGAAAACCGUUGUUCGAAAUGCCAACGAACCUUUUCGCGUCACUGCCAUCUGCGGCGUCACAUGCUAACACACGUUGAUGAAAAGGCACAUGCGUGCACCUACUGUCCGAAACGUUUUGCACGAAGUGACCACCUUAAAAAGCACGUUAUGAACCUGCAUCAAGCAAAAGAGUUCAAGUGUGAUCAUUGCAAUAGUGCGUUUGCUCGUUCAGCCGAAUUGACGAAGCACAUUGAAACACGACAUGGUAGCGAUCCUCAAGCUCAUAAGGUGCAUGACUGCGAGUAUUGUGGCAAAAAGUUUACAAGCCGAACUUAUCUUCGUAAGCAUAUCUUAAUGCAUACCGAUCGCGUUUUUGCUUGUAAAUUUUGCGAAGAGACAUUUAAAGAACGUAAGGCAUUGCGUGAACACGAGAAAGGUCAUCAUAGUGACCGACGGAAUUUUCUCUGUUCGGUGUGCGGAGAAAGUUUCGUCCGUAACGAUUAUUUGCGUGUACAUAUGCGGCGACACAAUGGCGAAAAGCCGUACAAAUGUCAGUAUUGUGGAAAAGGUUUUCCGCGUGCAACUGAUGUAAAAAUACAUGAAAGAUAUCAUACGGGCACGAAACCUAACUUGUGCACUCUAUGUGGUAAGGGUUUCCAUCGCGCCUACAAUCUCACCAUUCAUAUGCGCACACAUACAGGUGAACGACCUUUUAAGUGCGAAGAAUGUGGCCGUGGAUUUGCUCAGAGCAAUGAUUUGAAAGCUCAUAUACGCCGACACACUGGUGAACGUUUCAAGUGUCCUGAAUGUGAUGCUGGUUUUCUGCAAAUGUACGCACUGCGACAACAUGCACAGGCGGUGCAUGGCAUACAUAUGGAGCCUUCAACCGGACGCUUGCAAAGAUUUGCUCCUCUUGAAACAACAGUGACAGCGGGGCAGCCACUUGCAAGCAGCAAUUUGUCGCAUUCUAUUGGUGAACAUGCACAGUUGUUACAGCAGCAUCAACAAUUGUUACAAGCUCAAAUUUCUAGUGCUAUACUAAUGCCACAGCCACCUUCUUCUGUGUAAAACCAAGAAUUAGCCUAUUUACCGACAGCUGUCAUAUUGCUUUGGGGCAUUGUAUUUGCAUACAUAAAUAGUUUUUAUAUGGUAUUCAUAGUGAGUUGAAGGUAAGCUUAUUUUGUAUAAUUCAAUGAUCAAUUCAGUAUCUGGUAUGCAGAAAUUAAGUUAUUAAUCCAUAUGAAUAAAGCUUAGGCAAUUUCCUUUUCUAAAUGUUCGGUUAGUCUAGACUUAACUUACGUAAGAAAGUUUAAGCUUUUGCUUGGAAUUGCUUGUUUGCUUAUUCAAGGUUUCCAAGCUUAAUUUUAAGGACCAUGCUUAUUUUGCUUAUUUCUAUGUAUAAAGCUAAGUACGGACAUUUUAAACAAACGGUCAAGAAAAAAAUUGCUAUUGUGUGGGUAUAGUAGCGUCCGAGGAGUUUUGACAUCUGAUAUUUCACAGCUUGCUGCCUAACCUUUUCCUUAUGAAAUAAUGGAACGAGCAUAUACAUACAUAUUUCUAUUGAAAACAAGGGUGCGUUGUGCUCUUCACAAACAAACUUUACUAAACCAUGGUAGAAAGCGUAGCAAAAUUCUUAAGAACUUUGUUCUGCUUAAGAAAAAUUGGCUCAUAUCAAACAGGUAGUAGCAUUAGAUUAUUGGAGAGAUUAAAAAUAAUUUAUCUCAAAUGGAGAAUAACGAAUAUUUAAAAAAAUUUAAACGACCAGCGCAGAUCUCUAUUACUUGAAAAUAUCAGCGACACUUGGUUGUCUUUUGUAAUGUUUCAACUCUC